AUGUCGCGAUCCUUCCUUGUAGACACGUUGAUAAGUGACACAUCGAAGGACUGCAAGCAGACCGAGAUGUCCAGUGAUUCGUUGCACCCCUACGCUAGCUUUUUGGGACAACCUAAGUUCAUACCGUACCCUUAUCCAGGGAAUUUAAACAAUUUGUUAAGUCUUGGAUUACAACAGCAGAGCCGAGCACCGGAUCUGUUCCGACCGUUUCUAGAGCAACUCAACUUCCGUUAUCCACUUCUGCAUCAGUUGCCACCUCAUCCGGACUUCUACGAACGUGCUAAAAAUGAUGUCAUUAAUUGCCAUCAGAAUACUGAGGGUCAAGAACCAGUUAACUUUGUGUGUAAAAGAAAAAAAUCAGUGUCGCCUUAUUUACAUCACCCGUACAAAUCCACAGCUGUAUCACCCUCAAAGAGCCAAGGUCAAAGAUCACCAUCCUUGUCAAGUGAAAGCAGAAAUGGAACACCAAGUCCUCCACUCGCUCACCCAGAGGAACUUCUACCUGGUUAUUCGAAGGACCUCAAGCGUCUCCCUCUCAAAGAAGAUUCAAGUAAGCGCAUAAGGACAGCAUUCACAGGUACGCAACUUCUCGAAUUAGAAAGAGAGUUCUCCAUGAACAUGUACCUUUCCAGAUUGAGAAGGAUCGAAAUUGCGUCCAGGCUAAAAUUAUCAGAGAAACAAGUAAAAAUCUGGUUCCAGAACCGCCGUGUCAAGCUAAAGAAGGAAGAGAGUCCAAUGAGCUCGAUUGAUGGAAGGACAAAGAAGUGCUGCUGCACAAAGGCGUCGUGUACUUCGAAAAACUCUGAUACGUCGUGCGAAAACGAUUCCGAACAUAUAGAUGUUGUUAGUGACAACGAUACCAGUUAUGAAGUGCAGAACCUUUCGCGCUUUUCUUGA